CAACACGCAAGAUCUGACCCCAGAAAAAAGAAAAGGACGGAAAAGGGACAGAGCAGGAAAUUUCCAGUGACACGGAAGGUGAGGGUAAAAUAAAGAAUUCAUCUACACAAUGGAGGGGCAAUUUUGGUAAGCAAGAAACGUAUAUUUUGGACUAGAAAUUCUUAAACUGAUUGAACAUCUCAAAUUUCCUUUGCUGUUCAAUUAAUUUUAUUUGAUAGAAAAUCAGGUGCUUAUUUGAACUACACUUCAACGAGAGUUGACAUCUAACUCUGAAACAUAAAGCGGGAGCCGUGGAGUAGAAACAGACUGUUUGGGUACCGGGAUUUUCCCCUAAAUCACCACUUUAAUUUUCUUCUUCUUCGUCUUCUCUUUCUUUUUUCUGUUUUAUUCUGAUAACUGAAUUAUUCCUAAGGAUUAGAUUGGAUGCCGGCUUUGGAAUUGCGUUAGAAGAGAGAAAUAGGAUUGGUACGAAGGGCUAAGGAGAAGAGAUGGAAAGGCUCCUGUCGGCGGUGAUGGAGACUCCGGCGGCAGCAGCGGGAGGACAGUCUUUGUUUGGAAGCAUAAAGAUAGCAGUUUUACCAAUAGCAAAAGUAUUUACCAUGUGUUUCCUGGGCUUUCUAAUGGCGUCCAAGUAUGUUAAUAUCUUGCCUACGAACGGCAGAAAGCUUUUAAAUGGGUUAGUAUUUUCACUGUUGCUCCCGUGCUUAAUCUUUUCUCAACUCGGACAAGCUGUCACUAUACAGAAAAUGCUUGAGUGGUGGUUCAUUCCUGUGAAUGUUGUUCUCGGCGCUAUCUCUGGCACUCUAAUAGGUUAUCUUGUUGCAACCUUAGUCAAACCUCCAUACCCAUACUUCAAGUUCUCAAUCAUACAAAUUGCAAUUGGAAACAUUGGGAACGUACCACUUGUUUUGAUUGCAGCUUUAUGUAGAGAUGCAUCCAAUCCUUUUGGAGACACUGAAACAUGUAGUACUCAGGGAACUGCAUAUAUUUCAUUUGGACAGUGGGUUGGUGCAAUUAUUCUAUACACAUAUGUAUUUCACAUGUUUGCUCCUCCACCGGAAGGUACAUUUGACCUUGAGGAUGGGAAUCUCCCCUUUAAGAUCCCUCAGAAGGAUGCCUCUCCUGAGAAUGUUGCAUUGCUGAUGCAAGAGGCUGCACCAACGGAUUCAGAUAAUUCAAAGAAAGGAAAGAUUAAAAGUUUUCUAGUUUUUGUUUAUGAGAAGUUAAAGCUCAAGCAAAUCCUUCAACCCCCCAUUAUUGCAUCAAUCCUAGCCAUGGUUAUCGGUGCAGUUCCAGUUCUAAAGAGAUUAAUAUUUACAAGUGAUGCUCCACUUUAUUUCUUCACUGACAGCUGCAUUAUUCUUGGGGAAGCCAUGAUUCCAUGCAUCUUGUUGGCAUUGGGAGGCAACCUUGUUGAUGGACCGGGGCCAGGAAGUUCAAGAAUUGGUCUUCGAACACUUGUUGCUAUUAUUUUUGGGCGCUUAAUCUUGGUGCCUCCUGUAGGACUUGGCAUUGUAAUGCUAGCUGAUAAGCUUGGUUUCCUUCCUGCUGGUGAUAAAAUGUUCCGAUUUGUCCUACUCCUUCAGCAUUCAAUGCCAACAUCUGUCCUUUCUGGUGCUGUUGCUAAUUUAAGAGGUUGUGGAAAGGAGGCAGCUGCUGUGCUGUUCUGGGUUCAUAUUUUUGCAGUUUUCUCCAUGGCAGGAUGGAUUAUUCUCUAUCUGAACAUACUCUUCUAAAACUGUGCCAAGCCACCACUGCAUUUGAACCAUAGUCGUCCUUAUGGUAUUUAAUUAUUUCCUUGUUAGUCAGUGUUGAUAGCCUGAGUAGUAGAUUAGUUGGAAUCUUCAAAUUCUUUGAAAGGAGAAGGUAACAGCUUAUGUGAUUUGUGAGCCCGGCAGCCAUGAAGAGAGGCAUUCCUGUGCAGACAGGAGCUGUGGAAGAUUGUUUGGCAAUUGUUUUUUUCUCUUGAUCUCAUGUCAAUAUGACAGCGAGCUUGUUACAUGUUCAUGUUCAUGUUCAUACCUUCUUACCACCUAAAUGGGGAUGGACUCGAAGCUGUUAUAUUUACCUCGUAGAAAAUUUGAAAGUAAUCAAUUCCAUGGCCUCCUGAGUGGGUGUUGCCUGACGAAGUUCAGUGCAGAAAUCUAGAUCUGGAAAUUAAUCGUUAGGUGAUCUUGUUUAGCGGUUAAUACGUUAUUCAAUUGUGUGAUAUAUAGUAUCUCACCUGGGCU